AUGGCUGCCAGGGACUCCAUCCUCCAGGGCGUCUGCGUCAACGCCAAGGUCGACGAGGCUCACCGCAAGAUCCUCACCCCCGAGGCCCUCGCGUUCCUCGCCCUCCUGCACCGCUCCUUCAACCCCACGCGCAAGCAGCUGCUGCAGCGCCGCGCCGUCCGCCAGGCCGAGAUUGACGCCGGCGCCCUGCCCGACUUUCUGCCCCAGACCAAGCACAUCCGCGACAACGCGGCGUGGAAGGGCGCGCCGCCCGCCCCGGGCCUGGUCGACCGCCGCGUCGAGAUCACCGGCCCGACCGACCGCAAGAUGGUGGUGAACGCGCUCAACGCCGACGUCUACACCUACAUGGCGGAUUUCGAAGACUCCAGCGCGCCUACGUGGGACAACAUGAUCAACGGGCAGGUCAACCUGUACGACGCCAUCCGCCGCCAGGUCGACUUCAAGCAGGGCCAGAGGGAGUACAAGCUGCGCACGGACAGGACCCCCCCGACGCUGAUUGUGCGCCCGCGCGGCUGGCACCUGGACGAGAAGCACGUCACGGUGGAUGGCGAGCCCGUCGCCGGCGCCCUGUUCGACUUUGGGCUGUACUUUUUCCACAACGCGCUCGAGACGCGGCGCCGCGGCUUCGGGCCCUACUUUUACCUGCCCAAGCUGGAGUCGCACCUCGAGGCGCGGCUGUGGAACGACGCGUUCAACCUGGCCCAGGACCGCGUGGGCCUGCCGCGCGGCAGCGUGCGCGCCACGGUGCUCAUCGAGACCAUCCUCGCCGCGUUUGAGAUGGACGAGAUUAUCUACGAGCUGCGCGACCACAGCGCGGGGCUCAACUGCGGCCGCUGGGACUACAUCUUCAGCACCAUCAAGAAGUUCCGCCAGCGCCGGGACUUUGUGCUGCCGGACCGGUCGUGCGUCACUAUGACGGUGCCCUUUAUGGACGCCUACGUCAGGCUGCUGAUCCGGACGUGCCACCGGCGCGGGGUCCACGCCAUGGGCGGCAUGGCGGCCCAGAUCCCCAUCAAGGACGACGCCGAGGCCAACGCGCGGGCCAUGGACAACGUGCGCGCCGACAAGCUGCGCGAGGUGCGCGCCGGCCACGACGGCACCUGGGUGGCGCACCCGGCCCUGGCCGCCAUCGCCACCGACGUCUUUAACGAGCACAUGCCCGGCCCGAACCAGCUGUUUGCGCGCCGCGAUGACGUCGGCAGCAUCGGCCGCGACGACCUGCUCAACAUGACGGUGCCGGGCAGCGUGACCGAGGACGGCAUCCGGAAGAACCUCACCAUUGGCCUGGGGUACAUGGAGGCCUGGGUCCGCGGCGUCGGCUGCGUGCCCAUCAACUACCUGAUGGAGGAUGCCGCGACGGCCGAAGUCUCCCGCUCCCAGCUGUGGCAGUGGGUCCGGCACGGCGUGUCCACCGCCCAAGGCAAGCGCGUCGACAAGGCCUACGCGCUCAAGCUGCUCGACGAGUGCGCCGACAGCCUGGCCGCCAAGGCGCCCAAGCACAACAAGUUCCGCCUCGCUGCGCAGUACCUCGCCAGCCAGAUCACCGGCGAGGACUACGCCGACUUUCUCACCACGCUGCUGUACGACGAGAUCACCCAAGUCGGCGCCCCCAGCCCGGCGUCCAAGCUGUAA